AAACACUCGUGUUGGACUCGCUGUGGGUCCAGCUUUAUGACCAGACGGCUCUCAGUCAGUCACUUCUCUCCCUGAACCAUGAAGCUUCACGCCACUGGACCUCUGCUGGUUCUGAUGCUGGUUCUGAUGCUGCUCAGCUGCAGCGCUGCUGAAGAAUGCAACCUGCCGCCAAAGCUGCAACGACAGGACUUACCCAAGUUGACAGAGGUCCGGUGGGUUCUGGUUCAGGCGAUAGCCGACUAUCCAGCAGGCGAGGAGCUGAUGAAGAACGCCAACAGCUCCGUCAUGGAGCUGAAGCUCAAAGAAAACAACGAGAGCUUCCUGUUUGUUGAGCGAAACAUCGUAGCUGGAAACUGUCUCAUCUUCCGUGGGAACCUGUCGGUCCCAGAUCCUGAGACAUCCAACCACACGCUCCUUCUGGAUGCUGAUGGCGUGCGGGAGUUUGGCGGUGUGGUGACUCCAUACGAUGACAAAGGUCGAGCGGACGUCCACCAGGCCUGUCCGAACUGCCUGCUUGUCUUCUACCGCGGAGUGUUUGCGGGAACGCCGGGGAGGAUGCUGCUCAUUUACAGAAGUGAGGGGAAACACCUGGAUGCUGAGGAGCUGAAAGCUGCUGAGAGCGAACACAGGAGGAUGGCCGAGUGCCUCAAGUUCAACGUCAGGACGAGUUUCCGCUACGACGGGAAGGCAGAUUUUUGCCUGGAAAUGAAGGAAGAAACAGAAGCCUGACACAACAUGUAGGGUUUAAUAAAUAUAUUUAAUCUGAAGAAGA